AAAAAAAAAAAAUGUAUUAGUAAUAAUAUGGUAUCGACACAGAACCGAAAACGUCUUUACUUUGCGACACAGAGCAUAUGUUAAUGGUUAAAACCUACUUUUGUAACGCGGGGGGUGGAGCCAGUGACUGACAACAAAGUGAUAAGUCUUUACAGGAGCGUUCGCGUAGACGAUCUUUGUCCCGUUUGCGUGUGUUUUUUUUCCCGUGAUAGUUUGUUGCGGUUUUUUACUCACAAAAAAAUGAUCAGAACUUGUCUUUUAACCCUGAGAAAUGUCUCCGGACGACGACAGGCGCUGUCUGCAGCCACUGCAAGGCUACAGCACAGUCAAGCCCAGCAGCAGCAGCCUGUCCCCUCGGCCCGUCCGGAGACCUCCAGUGCUAAAAGCCUGAUGGACAUCGGCACCCGCCGGAUCUUCACCGAGGACCAUGAUCUCUUCAGACAAAGCGUCCGCCGCUUCUAUCAGGAUGAAGUGAUCCCAAACCACAAGGAGUGGGAGAAGGCGGGCCAGGUGAGCAGGGAGGUGUGGGAGAAGGCUGGCGAGCAAGGCCUGCUGGGAGUAAUGAUACCAGAGGAGCAAGGUGGCAUCGGAGGAGACCUGUUCUCUGCGGCAGUCACGUGGGAGGAGCAAAUGUAUUCCAACUGCACAGGCCCGGGUUUCGCCUUGCACGCCGAGAUUGUCAUGCCCUACAUCAGCAACUACGGUAGCAAGGAACAGAUUGAGCGCUUCAUCCCUGAGAUGGCUGCUGGGAAAUGCAUCAGCGCCAUUGCAAUGACAGAGCCGGGAGCAGGAAGUGAUCUUCAAGGUGUGAGGACGAACGCCAAGAGGGAUGGCAGUGACUGGAUCCUCAAUGGCAACAAGGUGUUCAUCACGAAUGGCUGGAUGUCAGACCUGGUGGUGGUGGUGGCCGUGACAAACCGCGAGGCGAAGACAGCGGCGCACGGCAUCAGUCUGUUCCUGGUGGAGAAUGGCAUGAAGGGCUUCCAGAAAGGACGCAAGUUGGACAAGAUUGGUCUGAAGGCCCAGGACACGGCUGAACUGUUCUUUGAGGAUGUGCGGCUCCCAGCUGAUGCCCUCUUGGGGGAACCAAACAAGGGAUUCUACUACCUGAUGAAUGAACUGCCUCAGGAGCGUCUGUUGAUUGCUGACAUGGCCAUAGCAGGUUGUGAGUUCAUGUUUGAGGAAACCAGGAACUACGUGUUGCAGAGGAAGGCUUUCGGCAAGACGAUCGCUCACCUGCAGACUGUGCAGCACAAGCUGGCAGAGCUGAAGACUGAGAUCUGUGUGGGCCGAGCAUUCGUAGAUAACUGCCUUCAGCUGCACGCUGAGAAACGCCUGGACUCCUCCACGGCUUCCAUGGCCAAGUUCUGGGCAUCUGACCUCCAGAACAAGGUGGCCACUCAGUGCCUGCAGCUCCAUGGAGGCUGGGGCUACAUGUGGGAAUAUCCCAUUGCCAAGGCGUUUGUGGACUCCCGUAUUCAGCCCAUCUAUGGAGGCACCAAUGAGAUCAUGAAAGAACUCAUUGCCCGCAGCAUCGUCAGCCAGAAGUGAGAAAUCGGGAUGUUUUCAAUGGUGGAGGAGCACUGGGGAAAGUUAGUUGGUUUGCACAGGCGUUUAUUCGUAGUUGACAGUUUGUCUGAAAAGCGAUUAAAGUAUGUUGAACACUCGUGAAAAGUUAAUGCAAAGAAUUACAGAAUGUAGUUUAACUGUGCUUAAAUUCUUCAAAUCAGUCGAAGGAUAACUUUUGAAAGAAGAAAUAACACUUUCAAACGCGCUCUCACCUAAUUCAGUACACUCAGGGGUUUUGCAGCUGCAGCCAUACCUGGCCUGGUAUGACCAGUAGCCUCUUGUGACUAAUGCUAGCUAAUGUGAGCAAACUUUAGACGGGCUAUGCUCUGACAUCGCUGACUUGUUCUACUGCUGUGCUACAGUUUAGCAUUUAGCAUUCUGAGGUAAUUGGAAAGGGCUCGACAUUUUGACAGCAGGCUUCACAAAGGCUUCAUUAAGCUCCUUAAUCAAGGUUGAGUUCUAUUUUAAAACUUUGACCUAUUUUUAUGUCCAUUUACGACUCACCUGUGGAUUGAAAAAUAACAGGUUUCACGUGCACUCGGGACAAAUUUUUGUAAGUAAAUGUGUUAUUUGUUGGUGAUUGUACAAUAUGUAGCUACAGAAGACAUUUAUUUUUCAAAUCUGUGUGCCUUUAUGUCAGCACUGAAAAUGUCCUACCACACCCGUCCUUAAUCAAAUAAAGACAGUAUACACUAUG